AAUUAACGAUUCAGUUGCGAAGCUACGCUCAUGAUGGAUUGGUUUUACGUGUUUUUGUUAAUACCGUCAUUAACAUUUGGUAUAAUUUAUGACACGUUUACUGGAAGAGAAUUGGGUACACCAAGACCCUUUACUAAUUCUUCUUUAGUUUUGACAGAUGAUAUGUUAUUUUUCUUCUCUAUACGACCUUGGUGUACACUAGAUAUUCCAGAAUGUUCGCCUUACGAGCCUAGAAGGGUUGAUGGCACCUGCAAUAAUUUACGCUACCCCUCCAGAGGGGCAACAUUUACCCCUUACCAUCGAAUGUUACCUCCAAACCACGCAAUGGACGGUGGACUUAGGACAUCUAUAACUGGAGAGCCACUUCCUAACACGAGAGACUUAAGAGUAUCUCUUAUACCAGAUGGGAGAGUCCAUAAUAAGAAAUACACGCAAUUAAUAACAUAUCUUUUAUUAUUAAUGACAGGGGAUGUUACUUCUGUUCAUGACACGGUUAACUACGUAGUAUUUACAACGACUUGUUGCACACCUUUAGGUCUAGUCAAUCCAAUGUGUAUGCCGAUAGAAGUGCCUUCAGAUGAUUUGUAUUUAAGGACAAAUGGUAUUAGAUGUUUGAAUUUAACAAGAGCUAUCACUUAUCAGAGAAUAGGAUGUGCCCCGGAAACUCUGCCUCCAGAAAGGAUCAACACAUCGCCUCCAAUGUUAGACUUAACUAAUGUUUACGGUAACGAUCAGCCCAGCGUAGACCAAUCCCGGUUGAGGACUGGUGGUCUUCUACGUUCAGAAGUUUAUAAAGGCAAAGAAUGGCCACCAGAUGGCAGCGUCUUCUGCAUGUUGAAUCAACGCCCUCAAGAAACUUAUUGUUAUAAUGGGGGUAAUCCAGCGUUGAACGCUUUAAUUGGCAUCCAAGUGGUCGGUCUAUGGUUCUUUAGGAGUCACAACCAAAUCGCCAGGACCCUAGCUCAGAUGAACCCUUGUUGGGGAGACGAGCGUCUUUUUGUCACCGCUAGAGAUAUUAACUUAGCGUUAUACCAACAUAUAAUAUACUAUGAUCUGAUGCCUGUUAUCAUAGGUUACGAUAUAUUAUUAAAAAACAAAGUGAUUUUCAACACAUACGGCCAUGUUGACGAUUACGACGAUUUGUUGGAACCUCGAGUUAGUAUUGAAUACGUUAUUGCUACAAGAUGGUUCCACAGCGUUCAAGAAGGAAGACUACAACUAUUUGAUAACCAAGGCAAACUUCUAAAUGAACUUCGAAUGAUGGACCACAGUCUCCGCACGGGCGCGCUACGCAAUAACAAUACUAUGGAGGGCGUGACGCAGGGCAGCUUCAGACAGCCCUGCGCGGACAAUGACUACUUAGUCGACCCUGAGGUGGGUGAACGAAUUCUGGGUCCGCUCCAACGUGCAUCUGAUGUCACCGCGAGUGACGUCAUGAAAUGCCGUGACGUAGGACUGCCUUCUUACAACAGAUAUCGGCAACACUGCGGCCUGCCUGUUGCUAAGAGCUUUGACGAUCUUUAUAAAUGGAUGCCUAAAGAUCAAGUUGACGCAAUAUCUCGAAGUUAUCAGUUCGUAGACGAUGUAGAUCUUACGGUAGGUAUUUUAGCAGAAAGAGCAAUGCCAGACGCCAUCAUGGGUCCGACUCUAGCCUGUGUUAUGAUAGACCAGUUGGUACGAUGGAGGAGAUCUGAUAGAUUUUGGUAUGAAAAUUCUAUACAUCCAGGAUCCUUCACACCAGAACAACUUUAUGAAAUAAGAAAGAUGACAAUGGCGCGAAUGAUUUGUGAACACGGUGAUUCUGUUGAUACGAUACAGCCGUAUGCUUUCUUACUUUCCAGUUAUGGAAACGAAAUAAGAAACUGCUCGAAUAUUCCAAGUCCAAAUUAUGAACCAUGGCGCGAUCAAAGUUGCAAUAAUAACAGUACUUUGCAAAAUUAUACAAUAACACAGAUAUUGUAUAACGCAACUCAAAAAGUAUUGGGAAAUAAUAAAAAAAACUGAUAACGUUUUACUAACAACUGGAAUGGUGGUAUUAUACUGGGUAGUUUUCAGUUAAUAUAAAAUCGAAU